UAAAGGGCGGUGUGUUAAAUGUAGGUCAGUCAGAGGAGAAGAUCAACAACAGCACAACAAAUGGCUCUUUUGGAUGAUUUAGUUUUCUUCCUCUUCUCCAGUCCCACCACCCUGUUGGGGGCCGUUGCUGUCCUGCUUGUCCUUUACCUUGUGUCCUGUAGCUUCACCUCGGAGAAAAUGGGAAAAGAGCCUCCAGGGCCGCCGCCUCUGCCUCUGCUUGGUAACCUGCUACAGCUUGAUCUCAAGAGACCGUACAAAACCCUCUGUGAACUUUCAAAGAAAUAUGGGUCUGUAUUUACGGUUUACUUUGGUACCAAUAAAGUGGUGGUCCUGGCUGGAUACAAGGCGGUCAAAGAGGCUCUGGUCAGCUAUGCAGAAGAGUUUGGAGACCGAAACAUUUCCCCUAUAUUUUAUGAAACCAAUCAAGGUCAUGGAAUUCUGUUUGCAAAUGGAGAAUCGUGGAAAGAGCUGAGACGUUUCGCCCUCACCACCCUCAGAGAUUUUGGGAUGGGUAAAAGAGUGGCUGAGGAGAAGAUCCUGGAGGAAUGUCGGUAUCUGAUCCAAAUGUUUGAGGAGCACAAAGGGAAACCAUUUGACACAACUUGUCCGGUGAAUUACGCAACAUCCAAUAUCAUCUCCUCUAUCGUGUACGGAAGCAGAUUUGAAUACGAUGACCCUCGAUUCAAAAACUUGGUGAGAAGAGCAAACGAGACAAUACGCAUUGUAGGUUCUGCAUCAAUCCAGCUUUACAACAUGUUUCCCAGGCUGGUCAGUUGGAUAAAAAACCGGCAGCUGAUAUUAAAAAAUUUGGAAAUGAGUGUCAGAGACGUCAAAGAUUUGAUCAAGCAACUGAAAGAGACACUGAACCCUGACACAUGCAGGGGGCUCGUGGACUGUUUUCUCAUUCGGAAGCAGAAAGAAGAGGACUCCUGUGUUAUGGACACGCAUUACAAUGAGAAAAACUUAAUAUUCACAGUCACAAACUUGUUUGCUGCUGGUACUGACACCACAGCCACUACACUGAGAUGGGGUUUGCUGCUUAUGGCCAAAUAUCCACAUAUACAAGACCAGGUCCAGGAUGAGCUGAGCAGGGUGCUAGGAAGCCGUCAGGUCCAGGUAGAAGACCGGAAAAACAUGCCCUACACUGAUGCUGUCAUCCAUGAGACACAGAGACUGGCCAACAUUGUCCCCAUGUCUAUUCCUCACAAAACCAGCCGAGACGUCACCUUCCAGGGCUACUUCAUCAAAGAGGUCAGUUCUUCACAUCUGUGUCAAUGCUCAUCACAAAUUUGUUUUUGUUGGUUCUACCACCUCUGAAAAUGUGACAGUGCUCUUAUUCUGAGACUUGAUACUCUUCUCUUUUGCCUCCAGGGAACUACUGUGUUUCCUCUCCUUACUUCUGUCCUGUAUGAUGAGAGUGAGUGGGAGAGCCCACACACUUUCAACCCUUCCCACUUCCUGGAUGGGGAGGGUAACUUUAUCAGGAGAGAUGCCUUCAUGCCCUUUUCUGCAGGUCGCAGGGUGUGUCUCGGAGAGGGUCUGGCAAAGAUGGAGCUCUUCCUCUUCUUCACCUCCCUCCUCCAGCGCUUUCGCUUCACUCCUCCACCCGGAGUUACAGAGGAUGAACUGGAUCUGACAGCGGCUGUGGGCUUCACUCUCCCUCCUUCCCCUCAUAAGCUGUGUGCUGUGAGCCGCCAGGUUUCUCUUAUAAAAAACAAUACUCGAUGCGUCUCCUGUUCGCUUCUGUGGAAGCCUUUAACUGCUGCUCCGGAAUAUUUACAGGACAUUACAAGGUCUGUGUUGGAGGAGUCAGGGAAUUUUCCAGUUGACUAUAGAAUCAUGUUGGACAGUCUUCUUCAGUCCUCCACUUCAGUCUCCCUGCUGGGGGCCACUGUGGUCCUGCUGGUCCUCCACCUUCUUUACUCCACCUUCAGCUCCCAGGAAAAUGGGACUGAGCCUCCAGGACCUAAACGUCUUCCCCUGCUUGGUAACCUGCUUCAGGUGGAUCUGAAGAGACUCGACAGCGCUCUUUUUGAUCUGUCCAAAAAAUAUGGACCGGUGUUCACAGUCUACUUUGGACUUAAGAAGGUGGUGGUCCUGGCAGGAUACAGGACAGUCAAACAGGCUCUGGUCAACCAUGCUGAGGAGUUUGGAGACAGAGAGGUCACUCCCAUAUUCUACGAUUUCAACAAAGGACACGGCAUACUAUUUUCCAAUGGCGACUCGUGGAAAGAAAUGAGACGUUUUGCUCUGACUACACUGAGAGAUUUUGGGAUGGGCAAGAGGAUUAGUGAAGGAAAAAUCAUUGAGGAAUGUAAUUACCUGACUGAAGAAUUUGAACAACAUGAGGGUAAAGCCUUCAACAACACCCGGGCAAUUAAUUAUGCAUCUUCAAAUAUUAUAUCAGCUCUCAUGUUUGGGAAGAGGUUUGAAUACAAAGACCCUGACCUCCAGACUAUGGUGGAAAGAGAUCAUGAGACCAUCCAUCUGACGGGAUCAGUUUCCAUCCUGAUCUACAACAUAUUCCCUUGGCUGGGCCCUUGUCUUAAAAACUGGAGGGAUUUGAUGAGGAAUGUGGAAGACGGUAUUGCGGACGCAAAAAGGAUUAUAGCAGAUCUGAAGGAGACUCUGAACCCUGAGAUGUGCAGAUGCUUUGUUGAUGCUUUCCUGACCCGUAAGCAAAGUCUGGAGGAGUCUGGAAUUAAGGAUUCACACUACCAUGAUGACAACCUGAUGUACAGUGUGAUGAAUUUGUUUGCAGCUGGGACGGACACCACAGGAAAUUCUCUUCAGUGGUGUCUACUUUUCAUGGCCAAGUACCCUCAUAUUCAAGACCAGGUUCAAGAGGAGCUGAGCAGGGUGGUUGGAAGCCGUCAGGUCCGAGUAGAAGACAGGAAGAAUUUGCCGUACACAGACGCUGUCAUCCAUGAGUCACAGAGACUGGCCAACAUUGUUCCCAUGGCCAUUCCUCACAAAACCAGCCAGGACAUCACCUUCCAGGGCUACUUCAUCAAAGAGGGAACUACCGUGUUUCCUCUUCUUACUUCUGUCCUGUAUGAUGAGAGCGAGUGGGAGAGUCCACACACUUUCAACCCUUCCCACUUCCUGGAUGGGGAGGGUAACUUUAUCAGGAGAGAUGCCUUCAUGCCCUUUUCUGCAGGUCGCAGGGCGUGCCCUGGAGAGAGUCUGGCCAGAAUGGAGCUCUUUCUCUUCUUCACCUCCCUCCUCCAGCGCUUUCGCUUCACUCCUCCACCCGGAGUUACAGAGGAUGAACUGGAUCUUACACCAGUUGUGGGCUUCAGCCUGACCCCUUCACCUCAUGAGCUGUGCGCUGUCAGUUGCCAGUGAAGAAGAUGGCUGGAACUUCUUGAUUAUUGUGUUAUUUUAUGCCAUCACAGGAUGGGAACUGUUGCUGUGGUAAUUGUCUUCACCCAUGAUGUGAGAGGGGACGUUUUGUGAGAAUUUUGUGUAGAGAUCUAAGUCAGCAACUGAUAAAAAUUAAAAUGCAUAUUGAUGGUAACAAGUGGGAGAAGAUUUGUCCUAUCAAAUAAAGUGACAAGAAUG